AUGACAGGAGGUUGGAACCCUUGGAUGGUAAUACCCAACAGUUUUGCCAUAUCUGGAUCAACUUGUCUGAAGCUCUUUUCCAUGGAUGUAUCCUCCUCAGCAGACUUGAACGAUUCAUCCUUAGAAGAUGUUGGAGAGCUUACUGAAAUCUUACUAGGGGUAGAUUUUCUAGACGAUGAUUUUGAUUUUGGUUUAGAAAUCUUGGAGCUUGAUGAACGUGAUUUCACAGAUUUCUGCUUGGAUGGGGUAAUUAUAGUUGAACUUGAAUCGUCUUUGGUGGUUUCUUCUUGUUUGAGAAAUUUUUCAUACAAUUCUGUAUCACUGUCAUCACCCUCUUCCUCCUUCUUCUUGACAUGGGAUUUCUUAACGCUUGAUGGGGUUUCACUAUGUUUCAGUUUCUUUGCUGAACUAAUAGUACGUUUUCUCACCAGACUUUCUUUCUCAUCUUCCGGAUGUUUUCUCUUUUUAGCUGAAGAAGAAGCAGAAGCAGAAGGUGAUGGAGAUUGGAAUACAUUCUCUUUACUAAAUGAAGUUUCUUUCUUUUGUUCAGGGCUUAGAGUUUUCUCCUCUUUAACAAAAAGAGAUUCCUCUUCUUCCUCUUCUUUUUGUGCUUCGACUGACUUGGUAGUUUUGGAUUUUGUCUUUUUGGCUUUUCCAGAUGUCUUUCUAACUUGCAAUACUGAAUCAUCCAAAUCAAACAAACUAUUCAAUUCGGAAUUCCCGUUACUUCUAUUUCUAGUAGCACGAACAGAACCAGUUUCUUCAUCAGUAUCGCCAAUUUCAGGACUUUUAGUUCUACUAGAUGUUCUUCUACUAGUAGAAGUCUUCAAUUUUGAAGCUGGUUUCUUAGCCCUAGUUUUGGCAACUUCAAGAGUUGGUUCCUUUUUAUCAUCUGAUUCAACUUCUGGAGUGCUUUUCUUUGAUUUGGUUUUCUUCUUAUUUGUUGUCGAUGACACCUUAGGUUCUUCAGAGGCAUUCACAAACCCCUCAUCAUUGGAGUUUUUAACCUUCUCAUUAUAUUUCUUAAGUAAUUUCUUUGCAUUUGGAGCAAUCUCAGAAUUAAAUACUUCAAUUAAUGAUGAUUUGGUAGCUGAAGAGGAGUAUUUAACCUCAUGUCUGUUUAAAAUAUUCCUCAAUUGA